AUGACAUCUCUGGUCGGACACGAUCGUCGUAUGUACGAUCAUUUACGACCAUCGUAUGCGGACGUAUUCUCCCGUAUACGAUUGCCGUACACGACGGUCGUAUACGAUUAUCGUUAUUCGUCGUAUAAUGCCGUAUACGGUCGUAUACGAUCGUGGGCUUUUAACCUGGAUCAAGCACCGAAUUUUUAUUGGGAGAUUUUGGCUGAACGUGCUCGAAUAAAAUUGGUUGAUCAACUUAGAGAAAAUCAACAACUUCAUGAAUUACUUGAUGAAUUAAUCAAUGAACGUGGAGAAUUAGAAGAAAAAAAGCAACAAUAUGAAAAUUUUAAAAAUAUAAUCGAAAGUACUAAUGGAAUCAACUCGUUAUUAUUAUUCAAAAUGUUACAGUUGGUUCAACAAAAGCAACAAUUAGCUCAGGAAAAGCAACAAUUAACUGAGGAAAAACAACAAUGGCUUCAGGAAAAACACGAACUUUUACAAAUAAUUAAAAAAAAAUAA